UUUCAGAAACUUUAGUGAGCAAAUGUUGGGUUACACUCAAUCUCGUGUGGUUAUUACACUUCUACUGUUUUCUGUGUUUUUGGCUGUUUGUAUGGCAACACCAUCUGGUUAUCCUGGUCAAGAGCUCCAGAACGUGUCAGAUGACUACCCGAUUUAUGAAGAGGAAGGGUUGCAAUUGUCUGCUGAAGGCACAGAUGAACCACAUGAAGAAAAACGAGCUGUCUUUCGAAUGGGAAAACGAGCAAUGAUGAGAUUUGGGAAGCGUGCAAUGAUGAGAUUUGGAAAACGUUCCGUUUUCCGACUUGGUUAAUUUUUACGCCUACCAUGAUGACUUCCGGGCUUUAAAUUUCUGAUCUUCGAUUAAUAAUAACAUUGGUUUUCUUAUUCGCAACGUUUUCCUUCCUCCUAUUUGACCCCUAUUCUAGAGAUUAUAACUUUCCUUCCCUAUCUAAUCGAACGAUGUGCGUUUUUUUUAACGUUUGGAAUAAUAAAUUGAAAGUGUGUU